CAUGAUCUAUUCUCUGACCUGCUCACUGGGGGCCUCAUCCUUGGCCUUUGCAUCUCAUAUGCGCCCCAGCACGCUCGAAUUAUCAGAUUAGGAUCCUCUGAGGGGAUCAACCCCUGGUUUCUCCUACUCGGGAGUACCUCCGCAGCGUCUGGGAUGCUCAAUAUGAUCAUCAUGCAAUGGGGAGUUUUGAAGUGCUGCAAGGUCUUUAGUUUUGGAAACUGCCUCGAAACGAUCGCAGGUGUGGUGCAGGUCAUCGUACAAUGGUUUCUGUUCACGAUGAUCAUGGUGCUGUACAUGAUAUACUACCCCCAACAUCUGAAAUACGGAAGACCACGAACCACUGCACCACUGACUACGGAAUUGAAGAAGGCUAAUCACUGGUCACUUUCUGUCAUCCUGUGCUGGGCUGUAUUGAUCCACCUUAUCUUCAUCGCCAUCGUCUCAUUUCAUUUCAUAUCUGCCUCGCCUUCCGAUCCCUCAGGUACUGUUCGCUCUCCGCAACUCUCUUUGUGGGCGACCUUCCUUGGCCUGAGUUCCGGAUUUCUCGCUGCCCUACAAUAUGGUCCUCAGCUCGUGCACACGUAUCACACGAAGCUGGUAGGUGCCCUCAGCAUUCCGAUGAUGAUGAUCCAAACCCCGGGAGGCUUCAUCAUGGUGCUCAGCAUCGCGCUGCGACCGGGUACUAAUUGGACAAGUUGGAUCCAAUUCCUUGUGGCGGCCAUAAUGCAAGCCAUUCUCCUGACCAUGUGCAUCGCUUGGAAGUAUCGACAAUCUCGCUUGGGUAUAGACGAUUUCGGCCAACCC